CUGCUGUUCUGUUUACUAAUGUGCAACACCGGAAGCUGUUCCCCGAGCCUUUAAAAUGCAAGGAUUCGUGUUUAAAACUCGAACAGGGAGGCAUUUAUACAACCAAAGAUCACCUACAAACAGAAACCGAUCAGGGUGAAACUUUCCGCUGACUCUUCUUUUCAAUCGUCUUCUACCGGAAAACAUCGAUACGAGAGAAACGUGGCUGUGGCGGGACAAUGGGCAUCACGAAACUGGCAGAUUUGAUCCGCUUCCAUGCUCCAGAUGCGAUCUCACAUAAGGAAAUCAGUGACUUCACAGGUAAAGUGAUCGCUCUGGAUACCUCGAUUGUUGUGAACCAGUUCCGUGCAGCGACGCCUACACUCAGCCCUCUGACAGGUCUCUUCUUCCGCACGCUCACCUUCCUGGAGCAUGACAUCAAACCAGUCUUUGUGUUUGACGGAAAGCCUCCUGAGGAAAAGACAGCUGCUCUUGAGAAGCGAGCUGAGGCAGCAAGUUGGAAAUGCCCCAACCUCACAGGCACAGCAUCGUCCCAGACCAAGGACUGUCUCCAUCUCCUGAAGCUUCUUGGUGUGCCAUUCAUCCAGGCUCCGGGGGACGCUGAGGCACUGUGCGCCCAGCUGGUAAGAGAGGGGACUGCGGACGCGGUGGCAUCAGAGGACAUGGACACGCUGCCAUUUGGAGCCAAUAUUCUUAUUCGCCAGCUUAACGCCAAGAGGGACAGUGAAGUUGUUGAAUAUUCUUUACCCAAGCUGUUAGAGAAACUCCAAAUUAGUCAAGAGGAGUUUGUUGACCUGUGUAUUUUGUUGGGCUGUGACUACUGUGACAAGAUAACCGGUUUGGGUCCGAAGAAAGCUCUGACCCUGAUCCAGAAGCACCGUACUAUUGAAAAUGUGGUUUUACAUAUCAACAGACAGGUACUAGACGGACUAUCAGAGACCCAUCCUGUUCCGCAUUUCUGGAAGUACAAAGAAGCACGCAAGAUAUUCUUGGACGCACCACAGACUGUAGAUCCCAAACUCAUCUGGACAGAGCCAGAUGAAGAAGCUUUGGUUGGGUUUCUUUGUCACGUCAAAUAUGUAAAGGUGGAGAGGGUCCGUCGACGAAUGGAAAGGUUCCGUCAGACGCGAGAAAGUAAGCGGGAGGAACGAGAAAGGGAUAAAGCAGCGGGACGCAGCAGGCAAACCCGAAUGGAGGACUUCUUUAGAGUGACCAGAAAGAGGGAGCAGCCUGUAGAGGCUGCAGACUCUUCAAGCAGCAACAGAAAGAGACCAAAGUCCACAUAGGACCACUGCUGCCAACAAAGGACGUUUUUCAUUCAUCUCCCUAUCCUGAUUUCUGAAAAAAAUUAUGUACCAAUUUGACAGAUGGUUCUCAGUUCAUUUUAUACUCUACUUAUACUGUCAUGCUACAUUCCUGUGCUGAAAGAAAUCCACCCCCAAUUUAGUUUAAAUUUCAUUUUUUUGUAACAGAGGCAGUGACUUUACAUGUUGGACAAUGGUUUCGCAUUUAAAGAGUGUGGUGCUUUUCUGAGUGCCCUUUUACUUUCCACCCAAUUAGAGGAAGCCAGAACGGCCGCCCUGCAAGACGCUGACUUCAAGGCUUUUGUCACUGUAUAGGAGAUUUAAACCGACUGACGAUACAUUAAUCGGAUUUUGUCUGAACAGCAGCGUCCACAACAAUGCAAUUCACUGAGCAGGUCUUCAAUGCAAUCCAGCCGUUUCCUGCAAAGCCACUAGGAAAAACUGAGCAGGCGGCAGACUGUGAUGAAAGAGAACAGUGCGAUCACUGUCAGGGAGGACUUCCCCUAAGACAGGGGACGUCUCAUCACUAGAUCUUCAAUGAGCACCUGCUGCGUGAAGGAUGCCAAGGAAGAGACCACAGACUUGAAUUUUAAAAACAUGCACUAAAGUGGUAUCAUGUAUGAAAAAAACAGAAAAAGAUUGUGAGAUGUUUAAGUCCACGUAAAAAAUGAAUAUUUUACUUUGUUUUGAAAAUGGUAUACCCAAACUAAACAGUAUUCUAAUAUUUUCUAAUUAGAUCUUAAAUGUAUAUAUAAAACAUACUGUAUAUGCUGUUUCAAAUAAAAAUCAUGUUUUUCAAGUU